AUGGGCGACAUCAAUGUCGACGUCGGCUCCCAGUUGGUGCACAAGGUCCCCGACGCCGACGUCGACGUGCUGUCCUACACCUGGAUAGUCAUUGCGCUGCUAUCGACCUUGGCCUUCCUGGGCAGCAAGAAUGCUUCGUUCUCUCUCCGGUCGUUGCUCGGGCUGCAACCGUCGGGCGCAGGAAACGGCAAGGGCAAAGGCAAAGGCAAAAGCAUAGACAGCAAUCCGCGAUGCAUCGUGCAACGGCUGGAAGAAACCAACAAGAACUGCGUCGUCUUCUUUGGCUCGCAGUCAGGCAACGCCCAGGACUUUGCCGAGAAGCUGGCGAAAGAAGGCCACGCGCGUUUCGGCCUGGAGACCCUGGUGGCCGACCUGGAUGACUACGACUACGAGACGCUGAGCCAGUUCCCAUCGGACAAGGUGGCCCUCUUCGUGCUGGCCUCGUACGGCGAAGGCGAGCCGACCGACAAUGCCCAGGCAUUCUGGGACUUCAUCAUCGAAGACGAGCCGGCCUUUGCAGAUGACACGCCCGAUGGUGCCGCGCCGCUGCAGACCUUGCGAUACGCCGCCUUUGGCCUGGGUAACAGCACCUACCAGCACUACAACGCCGUGGUGCGCAAGGUUGACGCCUCGCUGCAGCGGCUGGGGGCUCAACGCCUCGGUGCCGUCGGCGAGGGCGACGAAGCCACCCGCACCAUGGAGGAUUCCUUCCUCUCCUGGAAAGAGGCCAUGUGGGAGUCGGUGCGCGUCGCCAUGAACCUCGACGAGCACGAGGCGCGCUUUGAGCCCACCUUCGUCGUCACACCGCAACCGCAACAGCAGAUUUCUACCGAUGCUAUCUAUCUCGGCGAGCGUAGCCACGACGAGCUUCAAGGGACAAAACACACGCCCCACGGGCCUCACAACCCGGCCAUCGUGAAGCUGGUCAAGUCGGAAGAGCUAUUUUCCAACACUGAUCGCCACUGCCUACACAUCGAGCUGGACCUGCGCGACUCCGGCCUGUCGUACCAGACCGGCGACCAUGUGGCGGUAUGGCCCAUGAACGCCGACGUCGAGGUCGACCGUUUCCUGCGCGUGUUUGGCCUACUGGACGACCGGAACACCCCCAUCCAAAUUUCCGCCCUGGAUGCCACCGGCCACGCUCCCAUCCCCAGCCCGACGACGUACGACGCUGCCGUGCGCUACUACCUGGAAAUUGCCGGCCCCGUGUCUCGACAGUCGGUGGGCACCAUUGCCGGAUUUGCUACGGAUCCCGUGCAGAAGGCCGCCCUCGUCAAGCUGGGCCAGGACAAAGAUCACUUCCACGAGGUAGUCAGCGGGCCGAUGCUGAACCUGGCUCAACUCAUCGAAGCCAUCACUCCCGGUACUCCGACAUGUCCCGUCCCGUUUGCCGUGCUCCUGGAAUGCGUCAAGGCCCUGCAGCCGCGGUACUACUCCAUCUCGUCCUCGUCGCUGGUGCAAAAGGACACGGUGUCCAUGACGGUGGUGGUUGAGUCCGUCCAGUUCCCCGACCGCUGUUUCAAGGGCAUCUCCACCAACUACCUGCUCGCUCUCAAGCAGCAACAGAACCAGGAAUCUCCGAUCGAGCAUGAUACCUCGACCUACGCCCUCGCCGGGCCUCGCAAUAAGUACGAACACGGCCUCCCCAUCCACAUCCGCCAUUCCACCUUCCGACUUCCCUCGGACACUAGUCGACCGAUUGUCAUGAUUGGUCCCGGCACUGGGGUCGCGCCAUUCCGCGCCUUUGUGCAAGAAAGAGCCGCGCAGGUGCAAGCCGGGACGGGGAUUGUGGUGGGCAAGUCAGUCCUGUUCUACGGUUGUCGCAAGGAAUCGGAAGACUUUGUCUACAAGCAAGAGUGGCAGACACUGCAGGAGACCCUCGGCGAUCGGUUCCAGCUCCACACUGCGUUUUCGCGUCAGACGGCCAAGAAGGUCUACGUCCAGGAUCUCCUGGUGGACCACGGCGCCGAGGUGCUGUCCUUGUUACUCGACAACGGGGGAUAUCUGUACAUCUGCGGCGACGCACGUAUGGCUCGUCAAGUCCAGACCACGCUAUCCGAGAUUAUCAGCCGUGAGUCGAAUGUUUCCCUGUCCGAUGCCGAAGCUACCAUUCGGGACAUGAAGAGUUCAGGGCGAUUCCAGGUAUGUGCAAGUCCAAGUUUAUUUCUUGUCCAUCAUAUCCAGUAA